AUGGCUCCAAGCUCUUUGAGAACAACAGCCUUUCUCCUCACUCUCAACAUUCUCUUCUUUGCCUUUGUUAGUUCAGACCCAUUACCACAAGCGACUUGCCCUAGAGACGGUCUCAAUUUUGGUGCGUGUGCUGGCUUGCUGAAUAACUUGCUGAAUGGCAUCGUUGUAGGAGCCCCUCCAACCUUACCUUGCUGCGGCCUCUUUUUUGGGCUAGUUAACGCCGAGGCAGCAGCAUGCCUUUGCAAAGACAUUAAAGCUAAUCUCUUGGGUGUUAACCUUGAUGCAUCAUUUUCCAUAAGCUUGUUGCUUAACAAUUGUGGAAAGGAUGUUCCUACUGGUUUCCAGUGUUAA